AUUGGGUCAUUCAACUCACUUAAAUACUAAAGUUCUACUAGCUAAUAAUUAUGAUUUUUAAGUGUUAAUAUGUACAGAGAAGCAUUGUGUUGUACAUUUAUAUUAUAAUAUAUACUGACAUACUGUGCAACUGACCAAAUAUAUUAGCAUAUUAUUUAACAUACUCUUUAAUUUUGCUGUCCAAAGUUGUUGAACAGAUAAAUUUCUAAGUUAUACAUUUAAACAUUAAUACCUACUUGUAUUACUUAUAUUUUUAUCUAUUGUAUUAUAUAUAAACGCUUAUAAAGGUAAUUUUAUGAAAUAUUGUAAUUCCUAUAUUUAUAUUAGUUUACUUAUACAGUACUCGCAAUAAGUCACCAAAAAGAUAGUAUUAGUUUAUUUAGUAAUCUAUUUAGUAAUUGCUUAGCUUAUAUUGUAUUUAGUAACUGUAGACUUUUGCUGGAAUAUUUUAUUUUCUCCAAUAAUAAUGAUUAUACAUACUAAUUGUUUUUUUUUAAUGUUAGGAAAUUAGGUAUUUAUUUUAAAAAGCUAUUAAUAAUUUUUGUUCAAUAGGAUUACUUGUUUUAAAAUAAUUUUAUCGGUACCUGACAAUAAUUACAUGUUUUAAAUUUGUUUACAUGUAGUUGAUAAACAAUGGUACAUGCAGAAGAUAAUGUUUUAUACGGAUCAGCCAUUCCCAAAUACCUAUUAGAUUCCAAAUCUAACUUGAGUCAGUACUUUAUUCGACUGCUCAGCGAACUUGGAAAUAAGAUUGCUCUGGUAUAUUGAUUUUAUAAUAAUUAUAAAUUUACCAACAUUAAUGUUUGGUUGUAUUAAAAAAUUAUAACAUGUAAUCUAUUUUAAUUAAAUUUAUCUGUUUAUUUACUACUAAUAUGUCUUUCUCUUACCAAAUUACUCUAAUUAUUCUGUAAUUGGCAGAUUGAUGUUCACGAUGGAUCAUCUUUUACAUUUAACAAUAUUUUGAAUGCAAGUUUUAAUAUUGCUAGCUGGUUAAAAUAUGAAUGUGGAAUACAAAAAUCUGAUGUAGUUGGAAUAUUUAGUGAAAACACAAUUUGGUAUCCUUCAAUAAUAUUGGCAGUAUGGCAUGUUGGAGGAGUCUGUGCACUAUUCAAUCCUAUGUAUAAUACAAGUAAGUAUCACUUAGAUUAACUUAUAUAAAACUUGUGUAAGUACAAUUAAAAAUAUUGUUUUUUAUUAGAUGAAUUAGAACAUUUACUAAAUAUUACUCAACCAAAAUUAAUGAUUACUUCAAAAAUGGGCUUCGACAUUGUGAGAAAUACUGCUAAACAGUUCAAUUUUAUUAAAUACGUGUGUCCUAUCAAUAUAAUAUGUAAUGAACGUAUGGCUUAUGAAAAAAAUAAUUUUGUACCAACAAAUUAUAUUAACAAUCAAACUUCUGUAAUACUAUUUUCAAGUGGAACUACUGGUUUACCUAAAGGUGUACAAUUAUCUCACAAAUCUAUAUACCUCUUGACUUCUAUAUUAAAGUUAGUAUAUCUAUCUAAUAAUUAUUGUUAUAAUAUUUUACAAUUAUUUUGUAUUAUUUAAAGUAAUAACAUUAAUCCAUUUUCUAAUGAUUCUGAUAUUCUAAUGGGCUUGGUGCCAAUGUUUCAUGGUUAUGGAUUUUUAGUCAUCUGCAUGACUAUGUCAAUUGGUUGCAAACUCGUAGUUCUUAAAUAUUUUGAUGGAGACUUGUUUUUAAACUCUAUUGAAGCUCAAAAAGUAAUGAAUUUAAUUUUAAUAUAAUUUUAAAAUAUUAAUGGUAGAUUUUUGUUUAUUUUUCAAUAUAGAUAACUGUUUUAUUUGCUGUGCCACCAUUAAUGAUUUUUCUCGCUAAACACCCCUUAAUAGAUAAAUAUAAUUUAUCAAGUAUAAAUGCAAUAUAUAGUGGAGCUGCAUCAUUAUCCCAAGAUGUUCAAAAUGAUGUAGCUAAGAGAAUAGGAAAAAAUAAACAUAUAAAGGUUUUACAAGGAUAUGGAAUGACUGAAUUAUCUAUUCUGGUAACAAUGCAUGACAAAAAUACAGAAGCAUCUGUCAAUGGAUCUGUUGGUAAAUUGAUUGAUGGCAUGGCUGGAAAGGUAAGCUUAAUUUAUAAUAAAUUUUAAAUGUAUCUAAAUUUAAUUUUUAUUUAAUGUUGGUAGGUGAUAGAUUUAGACAAUGGCCAACCUCUAGGAAUAAAUAAAAGUGGUGAACUAUGUUUCAAAGGACCAAUGUUAAUGAAAAGUUAUUAUAAAAAUCCUGAAGAAACCACCGCGACGAUUGAUGCAGAAGGCUGGCUCCAUACAGGGGAUAUAGGAUAUUAUGAUAGUGAUUAUAAUUUUUAUAUUAUUGAUAGACUCAAAGAACUCAUAAAGUAUAAUGGAUAUCAGGUAAAAUAAAAAUAAAAAUGUUUUCUCAGAAAUCAACAGUUUGGUGGUAUUAAUAUUUAUUUUUUUCUUAUUGUAUUGUAGGUUGCCCCAGCAGAAUUAGAAGCAUUGCUGUUAACUCAUCCUGAUAUUGAAGACGCUGCUGUAAUAGGACUCCCGAAUAUCAGUGCUGGAGAAUUACCAAUGGCAUUCAUAGUUAAAUCUCAAAAUUCUACUCUUAGUGAGGAAGAUGUUGUACUUUUUGUGCACAGUUGAGUUUUUUUAUUUGAUUUUUUUCUAUAAAUAAUCAAUUCAUUUGUUUAACUUAAAAUUGUUUACAUACCUAUUAGGGCAAGUGUCAGCACAAAAACGUCUUAGAGGUGGUGUUCAAUUUGUGAAUAGUAUACCCAAAAAUCCAAGCGGUAAAAUUUUAAGAAGAGUUCUUAAAAAAUUAAUUAACACUACAUCAAAAUUGUAAAAUAAAAAUGAUAAUUACUUCUACAUUUUAUAUUUUUCCUUUAUUUGUAAUAUACAAUCUAUAUCUAAGAAGCACAAUUAGUUAAUAUUUUAGGGUAGGAUACUAACAUUACUCUAACCUGCCCGGUUAGGGCAGGUUUCAAACAUAAGUUUAGAACACCUAAUAUCACUAAUGUCUAUCUGUAUAGAUAUAAAUAUGUAAAAUAUAAAAUAAUACUACUACAUAGUAACUAGUACAUAGUUACAGUAGUUUAUUUGAUUGACAAGGAGAUAUACAGGGUGUAUCACAUAGAUCUGACACCCUAAAUAACUUUAGUUCUGAUAAAAUAUAUUUCUUGUAAUAAUUUCUCUAUUUUGUAUAUAUUUUUUUUUAUAUAUAUAGAGGGAUCAUAGAUCAAUGCUUAAAUAAUUAUCAUAAGAAAUAACUUAAAAAUAUUGAACAGAACCAAAGUUAUUUCACAUGUCAGAUCAUAGUGUUAUAACCUGCAUAUCAUAAUAUUAUUAUUAAUUUAAAUAUAAAUUUAUAUUAUUAAAAAUUAGCUAUAACAAUAUAAUUUAUAAAUUAUAGAAAUACCCUGUAAACUAUUUACAAAUUGAGAUAUUUAAUCUAUUUAGGUUUCGAUACAUAAGCAUAAUAUACCAAAUGCUUUCAUAAUUAUAAAUGAAAUUAUAGUUUAUUGUUUAAAAUAUGAUUAGAAACUAGGAACUUUGAAGAUAGAUCAGGUUUUCCUAACUUGAUUAUUAACCCAUUAUGUUCUUAAGUACCCAUAUGAUAAUGAAAAACUUAUUUAUUAAAAUAAUUGACCACUUGCUAUCCUGGCGGUACCAUAUGUUAACAUCAAAUAUUUCUUUAUUGGGUUAAAAUCUAAAUAAUAAUUUUAA